AUGGCCCAGGCAACAGAAACGGUAGGCAUAUUUCAACAAAAUCAUCCCCUCCACACUCCUCUCCCCUUCCCCCGGCCACCCUACUGGAACAGUGCGCUAAUCAGGCGGGUCAAUCUUUGCAGAGGACUCCCAAAGCAUUUCAUAAGGAAGCUUGAGUCGAGGCUGCGGCACACCGAGACCUUGCUGCGUAGCGUCCUCAGCUAUGUAUCAGACGAGCAGCUGGAGUCAUCGGUCCGUGGCGUAACCCCACUGGUCACGCCGGAGAGCUCACAGGAUAAAGAAAAUGCCGACCCUGACGUCUGGCAGCUCUAUCCCCUGACGACCCUCGAGGAUGUACGAGCAUGGCAGUCUCGCACGGCGGUACCCGAGCUGCCUGGGCCGCCGAGCGCACAUGGCCCAGAGGAAGACGCCCCUGUCGAAGAUGACAGUCUGCCGUCCCAGUGUGGCGGUAUGUCUGGCCAGAGCAAUCAGUCCCCAUGUCCGGUCCGAGAAGUGACCGCAGCCCCUGAUACAAGGGAGCGCACCUUCCAGGUCGAACAUCACGCUACCAAUGUCCAACCAACAUCUGGCGAGGUGGGAUGUAGAGACAGUCACGCGCCGCAUCAUUCGGGGGCCAGGACAGACCAGCCGAGUCCGGUCACGAGCACAUUUCUCCCUGCAGAUUUCCAGAAGGAGUUUUUAUGGUGA